CUGCCGAAACGACGUCGUCGGACGGAUCUGAUCGGCAGAUUUUUUUUUUCUGGGGACAGGGGAGGAGCGCUUGCUGCUAUCAUCAUCAUCAUCAUCGCAACUUCGCAAGCUGCGGGACGGCGCUCCCUCUUCCAUGGCUUCCAUCUGCAACCCCUCCCUCUCUUCCCUCCCGAAGCUCGAGAGCUCGCCGAGCCCCGGCAGAGCGCUCCCCUCGUCGUUCCACCCCGCGCCGAGGUCGAAGCGUCCGAACCGCUCCGCCGCCUCCUCGAUCCCGGCUCCGAGAUGCCGCGCGGCGGCGGCGGCGGCGCGGAGCUCGGUUCCGCGGCGGGGAUCGAUGACCACCGACAACCUCCGCCGCUUCGUCGACCUGAACUCGGGCAAGUGGAGCGGCUCUCUUCACCAAUUUGAUGCCCGCGGGAAUCUGUUGCAUAAGAUAAGUACGAAGCUCGCCGCGAGUUCUUAUGGAGAAGAUGAGCUCAUCAGUCUUAUCCAAACGCUUUACAUAAAACAGCCGCAAUCAGGCACUUCGAUUUCGGAACACGACGAGGAACCUGAAUGGGCAGAGUAUAAGAUAAAAGAAACCAACAUGUUCACUGUCGACAAGUAUCAGCAGUUAGGAUUUUUCCCAGAUGAGAGGGCGUUUGCUCUGAGGUAUCAGACGGCAGGCAUGCUUGAAACUGUAUUAAGGCAAGGAGUUCUCGGGGAAGAUGACACCGGCGAAGAAUCUCCAAAAAAUCUCAAGCUUCCAUCUCGCCGACCUUCGCUUGUAUGUGAGAAUUGCCUCUAUUCGCAACAAGCAGAUAUACGAGCAAGAGCAUUCCACAUCAUGGACCCAAAGGGUGUCAUUGAAAUGCUUCUCAUAUUUCUCGAAGAAAGAGGAAAUGGGUUGUCUGUACCUCCUUCACUUGAGAACUCUGACGGAAGCAUAGAUAGGAUUAUGCCAUUUCUCGGCAACUGGAAGGGGCAUUCCGUAACAAAGCGUAGUGGUGUUUAUGGAGCAACAAUUGCUGAAGCUGGUUCAGUUGCAUUACUUCAAAUGGAUGACAGGGGGCAGUUAGUUCAGGAGAUUACUACAACAUCCUGUAGCAGUGAAGUCACCAGCAACGUGCAUUGGACGGGUACAAUGUCAGACAAUGUGGUCACAUUUGACGGUGGGUACCAGAUGACGCUGCUGCCUGGAGGCAUGUACAUGGGCUGCCCAUCUAACGUAGCUAAGAGCGUGGCCGAGUCUAAGUCAUUCCAUUUGGAAUUCUGCUGGCUCGAGGCACCUGGAAGGAGACAGAGGCUUAUUCGCACAUAUGAUGUGGAAGGCUUGGCCGUCUCAUCGACAUACUUACUGGAAACCAAGUCUUGAGGUUGAGAAAAGGAUAGGUUCCUGGUCAAUUGUAAAACUAGACACGAUUACUUGUAUCGAUUGAGUCGUGCAAAAUGAGUAUUCUGUUCGAGCAGAACUUGGAAGCAAGAAUUUUGUCCUAGCUGCGCGUAUAAUGUCGAAUGAGAUGCAAGACAAAUUCAUGCUUUUGGAGUCACCUUAUUCGUCAUUUAAAGCGACUUUUUGGUUCAU